GCUGGUCUGCAGCGCCGCACGGGCCUCCUCCUCUCCUCCUUCCAUCGGGAGAUUAGCAUGUCGUCCUUCGCAUGGCCUCUCGCUCACGGCCGCGAGUAGACACGGCGCCCGGGCAGGCAGGCAGGCGGGCAGGCAGGGAGUAAAGGAGGGAGCGAGAGAGCAAGGGAGGGAGCGUGAGUCAUCCGUCCCUCUAGGUCUCCCUCUCCCUCACAAGGACGGGGGCGUCGCCCCUCAGUCAGGCGUGCGGCGGCAGCUUGGGCGGUGCCAUAGUAGUGUAGCUCCGUACCGCCCCUUUCCCUGUGUGCGUUGUGUGUGUUGCCGAGUCGCCGCGCGGGAGCCUCCAGCGAGCCAGUGCGACGGAGGCAGAGUGCGAGCGAGUGUUUCCCGGCGCCGGAGGGAGCGAGGCACGAGGGCAGGGCUGCUUGUCACGCACUCACGCAUUCCGGGACAUGUGAGCCCACAAUAACAGAGCGCAGUCCUGGCCCCUUCCCCCUCCCCCCGCCCGCCCGAGAGAGCCGAGGGCGGUUGUUCCGAGGCCGUGGUAGCGAUGGGCGGCGUGGCAGGAGCCCCGAGUGCGGCGGUGGGCGCGUGCUGACCGGCCGAAGGCGUAGGAGGGAGGGAUGGUAAGUGCCUGGCCCCGAGCGGAGGCUGAGGGCGAGCUGGAGUGGCCUCUGACGCAGCAGAAGCAGCAGCGUCAGCGUCAGCGACGGCGGCUGUCAAGCAGUUAUCAUCAUCGAUUGUGUGUGUAUGUGGUUUAGCGGAGUGAUCAAUAUUCACUGUGGUGCCAUACCCCGACGUCAGAGGGCACUGCCUGGAUCGCGUGCCGAACGUGGGUGCAUGUGCGUGCCCGUGCCCUCGCCGCUGGGCUGAGUGUCAUCCCCCAGGCGGCGCGGUACCCGAUACCCGGGGCUGGAACUCGGUGCUAGAAGCCCCUCCCCCUUCCCCACCCCUCCCCUUCCCUCCCCUCAUGCCACGUGCUGGGUACUAAUUAGUGGCAGAUCCUUCUCACGCCCACACGCGCGCGCGCCCCCAUUCGCCCACACACCCGUUCGUCCGUGCAGGACGAGGGACGCAAAACAUUCCCCUCCCCCCUCCCGAUCACCCUCCUCCUCCUCCCCCUCCCCCCCAUAGUGUGCGUGAACUUCUGAUGCCACCAAUCAUCACAUCUCCUCGACGGCACUAUGUCCAAGGCCAUUAACGCCUAUCGCAUCAAGAAGAUCGAGAGCAUCGGGAGGAUGACGGCCCUGACGCAGGAGGAGGUGGUGUCCCACACGCGGACGGUGGUGCAGGGGUUGGAGGCCCUGCGGAAUGAGCACAACUCCAUCCUGACGGGCAUCAACAACUCCAUCACCUCCGCCCAGCACCACCCGCCCGACUCCAAUGUCUUCUCGGAGAAGGCUGGCAUCAUCCAGAAGUCCCUCGACCAGAUCGAGCUCGGGCUCUCCGAGGCUCAGAUUAUGCUGGCACUUGCCUCCCACCUGCAGACGGUUGAGGCUGAGAAACAGAAGCUGCGUGCACAGGUUCGGCGGCUUUGCCAGGAGAAUGCGUGGCUUAGGGACGAGCUGGCCUCCACCCAGCAGAAGCUGCAGGCCUCCGAGCAGCAUGUGGCACAGCUGGAGGAAGACAAAAAGCACCUCGAGUUCAUGUCCACCAUCAAGAAGUACGAUGCGGACGUACAGGACUCAGAGUCAUCAAUGGAGGAAAAGAAAGACAAAAGUGAUGAUCCCGUUGUAGACCUAUUUCCAGACGACGAUGCCGAUGACAGGGCUGGUUUAAAGAGAAGCGGGGAUUUUGGUUCUCAGGCGUCUUUAGCUGCCAUGUCCCCAACUCCACCGUCCCAGUUCGCACAGCAGGUGAAUGCUGGUUAUGAAAUACCAGCUCGUCUUCGUACUUUGCACAAUCUAGUAAUCCAAUAUGCCUCACAAGGACGCUAUGAGGUGGCAGUUCCUCUGUGUAAACAAGCACUGGAGGACCUUGAGAAGACCUCCGGGCAUGAUCAUCCUGAUGUGGCAACUAUGCUCAAUAUCCUGGCUCUUGUCUACAGGGACCAGAAUAAAUACAAAGAGGCAGCGAACCUCCUAAAUGAUGCGCUCGCCAUCCGGGAGAAGACCUUGGGAGAGAACCACCCUGCAGUUGCAGCUACCCUAAAUAACCUAGCUGUGUUAUAUGGAAAGCGAGGCAAAUACAAGGAGGCUGAGCCUCUGUGCAAGCGAGCCCUGGAGAUCCGUGAAAAGGUGUUAGGCCGUGACCACCCUGAUGUGGCCAAGCAACUCAACAACUUAGCCUUACUUUGUCAGAACCAGAUCUCUCAGGAGGAGCGUAGAGGGGUGCCUAAGGAGGAGCUUCUCGGCAAAUACGAAGAAGUAGAGCGGUAUUACCAGCGAGCGUUAGAAAUUUACGAAUCGAAGUUGGGGCCCGAUGACCCCAAUGUAGCCAAGACGAAGAACAACCUUGCCUCAGCAUACCUCAAGCAAGGGAAGUACAAGGAGGCUGAGAUCUUGUACAAGCAGGUUCUCACAAGGGCUCACGAGAGGGAGUUUGGUGCCAUUGACGGCGACAACAAACCCAUCUGGCAGGUGGCAGAGGAGCGUGAAGAGAACAAGAAUAAGGUGAAGGACUCAGCUCCCUAUGGCGAGUAUGGCGGCUGGCACAAGGCGGCCAAGGUAGACUCGCCCACAGUGACCACGACCCUGAAGAACCUGGGUGCCCUUUACCGGCGCCAGGGCAAGUACGAGGCGGCUGAGACCCUGGAGGAUUGCGCCAUCCGGUCACGUAAGGAGGCCGUCAAUCUGGUCAAGGACGGGAUGACGCCAGAGGGAAGCCGACGACUCUCAGCCUCAAGGGACAGACUCCGCAGGGGGUCACGAGAGUCCCUCAACUCAGCUGAGUUCGAUGCCAACGACGAUUAUGAGUAUGGGCGUCUGCGGAGGUCCAGCUCUUUCUCCAAGUUACGGGCAUCCAUACGAAGAUCCAGUGCCAAGUUGGUGCACAAGCUCCGCGGCCGAACGGAAUUGGAGGUCGAUGACACGGCUGCAAGACUGAAACGGGCAAGUUCACUGUCCGUUCUUAGUGGAGAGGAGCCCCAGAAACAGUCCUUACAGGUUCCCCUAGCUGUGCGUGGUCGAGCAGUGAGCUCAGAACACCUUUCCCGACCAGCUGCUUCUGCCUCGCCUGGCCUGCGCUAGAGACUACUUUCAUGCUCGCUGUUCCUUCUGCGUUAAUGUUACCUAUCAUAAGCAAUGGGAAAGAUCUAUUCAUGGUAGAUUACAAGAGCCUCCUGUCCUUGCUUUUCCACAUAAGGACAGAGAAUUGUUCUUUAUGUUCUGUACGUAAGCAACCUACCAGAGCAGUCUUUAGAUAUGUGUUUUUAUAGAUUGUUCCUAUGAAAAUUCUAUCUAUGUCUGUGUGUGUGCAGGACUAAUAACCAUAACCCAUUGUUAGUGACAGUUAACGGUGGGGCAUUUAAAACUUUGAGAAAGUUACUUUUGCAUGACAUAGUACAUCAAGAGCAGUUGUGUAUAAAACAAGGACAGGUAUUAAAACAUCAAUCACAUUGCAUUAUUGAUUUUAUGCAAUGGAAAUUAGAAAUUGGAGAGGCAGAAUAAAAGAAUAAAUAAGAGAAUAAAAAGCCCAAAUUAGCAGAUGGCAGCCUGGUCUUCCAGUUCGAAAAAUGGGUAGGAAACCAAGGACAGAAAACCAAGGGGUACUGAUUUGCAUGGGACAGGUAACGGAAUUUUAGAUUUUUACAGGAUGAAAAUGUAUAAAAUAAAGAGGAGAAAUUUAUGGAUUUCAACACUGGAAAGUCAAAAAAAAGAAAAAAAAAAAUGUAGAUUAGAAUGGUUGUCUUGUUUUGUAGUACCAUCACUGACACAUUCAUUGCAUUGUGUUUGGAUGCCUAAGCUGCAUUUGAAUCCCUGAAACUGGUAGAGUGUAGUUACCAGAGAAUAACAAUUACAUAAUGUGCUAUAGUCUGCAUAUAGUUUCCAAAGCCUCAUAAUAGCAUGUUCCAAAGUAUUCAUCUCUUAGCCUGGACAGAACUUUUGUCCAUGCAGCUCUUAUGAUUUUCUGCACAUGUAUAGUCACAAAAUGGCCAAGAAUUUCCUUUUUGUAAUUUAAAUGAAUCCAUUAUUGCAAUCUUGAGUGAGAGGUGUGCAUGUGAAAAAAAGAAAACAAAAAAAAGUUUAUAUUUAAUAAAUAUUUAAUAAUUCAGUGUCUCUGUACUGGCAGAACAUAAAAUUUACAUUUGAUGUCAUGAUAGAGUGCUUUAUUGAACAAGGCAUUGACAUACCAUUCCAGGAGGAUCUUGAUAGCUAUCUAGUCUUUUAUUUAUGAGAUUUGUGUCAUUUCAUGUUUUUAGUUUCUUACAUUGUGGAUUUUGGUAUGUUGUUGUAAAUGGCUAUAUUGUACAUUUCCAGUUUUGUAUUACUUAAUUUGGUUAAGAUGAUUUUGUGUUAUAUUUAUUUCUGUAAUAGUUUUGUGUCUAGGUCAAAAUUAUACAAAGCAUAUAUUGUUUUAAUUUCAUUCAUGAUUCUCAUGAGCAAAACUAUUUUUCAGUGUAGUUUUAAGGACCAUAUGCAUUAUAUCCACCAAGAAGAAAAUGAUGCACAUCCUGUUAUGGAUGAAGCUAUAGUUACCCUUGAACCAGUGUCCCAUACAGGGUUAAAUAUAUACACAAUAUGAGGAAAAUAUCCCUGGAAACAGUUAUUUAUCCCACUAGUGACUAAAAAGAACUACGAGAUUUGGGCCACAAGUUCCCAUCUCUUAGUUCAGAAGAAAGAUAGUUGUACUGUGAUUCUUGCACUUCCAGUACUAUUAUAAAUACAGUUGCUGGCAGUAUAGGAAUGUUAGUCAACUGGUAUAUCUUGCACAGGGGUUGUAAAGAUUUCAUCAUUUCAGCUGUCUGAACGUUCACAACCUAACUUUUUUGUUAGCUUCAUGUCUGCUUUUGUCUGUGCAUUCCCACGGUGACACAGCAACCGAUGUAGGAAAAGUUAUCAAUAAACAACUUGAUGGCUUAUG